UUUUCUUUCAUCCCUUAGCUGUGUUUGAGCAAAGGAGGCAAACUGACCGAAGAGGCGCAAGCAGAGACUCAAAUUCUAAUGGUUUCAAAAAUGACAGAGGCACGCUGAGACCUAACAUACCAGCACCACCUGGGUUUUCAGUACCAAACAGAGCACCACCUCCAGGGUUUUCCUCUCAAGAAAGAUAUGAAAACGGUUUUAGCUCCGUUGCUUCAGGCAAUCUGUUUCAUGGAAAGCCUCAGUUUGAACUGCGUUCUGCGAGGAAUGCCGAUGAUGUUGAGUUUAUCGAUCCUGCAAUACUAGCAGUUGGAAAGGGCAUACUGCCACUUGAAGUUAAUAAUACUGAAUUAGGUUUUAAUUCUAUUCUUCCUCCAAAGUUUUGCGCUACAGAAGGCAAUAGGAUACAGUCAUUAGCUCAUCGUGACCGAAGAGUUUUUAAUAAUAAUUUAGCAGAUGGAUUGUCAACUAUGCGUGACGCAUAUACCUCUUCUAGAUUUCCAAUGCAGAUCAACAACACAAGCUAUUCACCAUUCGCACACCAACAACUAAGAACUCCAAACAUCUUAAAUAGCCAAUGGAGUGAUUGGCAGAAUGUGUUGAAUCACAGUGGAAUGGGCAUCGCUGAAUUUGUUAAAAAUGAGAGAUUUGGACAUGAUAGCUUCAUUCCCAUGAAAGAAGAGCAUAAAUUCGGGCUGUCUAGUUCUAAUCAUCUAUAUACUAGACCAUAUGGGAUGUAGUUAUGGAGAAAUUAUUAGUUUCAGACAGCAGACAUAGAGAAUCAUUCGAAUUUUUCUCUCUACAGUAAAAGAGCAGUCAAAGCACAGUUAUUGCAGCAACUGCGCUUUUAUUAUAGACAACGAGAAAUCCGGAUGAUUCUCUCUGUCCGGUAUCCGAACCUAAUGAUUCCCGUAGUUAUGACCAUGCCAGGAGCUCUCUUUGUCUGAAACUUAUCAGCUGCUGUGAAACAGAUUUCUUGGCCGCUCCAUUCUGCGUUGCGCCUAAAGCACAAGUUCCCUGAUUGUUGUUGAUGUGAUUCUUUUCAGUACAGAAGCAACUGAAGGAGUUUUCCUGGCUAGCUGGUAUGGAUUUUACCUACAUGGGAAUGUUAUAAGUGAAAUUGUACUAAGUUGAGUUUGUGGUUCUGUUUUGUCCUGUAGAGAUUGGCUAUUGACUCUUUCAUUUGUAUCAUUGUAAUUAGAAUUAAAAUCAAAGAUUAUAGGAAUGUAUCGAGUAUCGAGUAUUGUGUGUAAUUUAUUUCUGCUUGAAUCCUGGUUGGUAUUCAAGCAGGGUUACUGAAAUUACUGUUAUUUAUUGAAAAUUGAGUGGGUAUUUACGUUUUAAUUUUGAUGUAA